GAUAAUUAAUUCACGAUGCUGGCACAUGGGAUUGUCGUCGAUCGGGUACUUACGAAAGCGAGAGACGGCGAGCUCAUAUUUUGUUGAGACAGUGAGUCACUGGUAGGACCGGAGAGACUGCCUCGACCCAGUAUCGUCUGCCACAGAAAUGCUUCAGCCAUAAAUCCGUUCCCCUUCCUACCAGCACCACGAUUCCCAAUCACAAUGGCCUCGCAUCGACUCCUUCACCUGCCCAGGGUACAAUCCCUGACACGAGCGUGUGCUUAUGGAGCUCAAACUGCUCCGAGACAGACCUCUCUCCGUCCUUUUCACUCGACUACAACUCUUCGCACCGAUGGUGUAUUCAAGGCACUUACAGAAAUGCGUGUGCGCAAGCCGUGGAUCGAGGCAUUGCGAGAAAGAAGAGAAGCAGAAAAGAACCCAGUGUCUACACCCGUGGAAAAUGUGAAGCCAGACCUGACACCUAAACGGAUGUCCGAUAGCUAUGUCAGCGUGGUGCUGCCGUUGUCCAAAGACCCAUGGAUGCUUGACACAUAUGCAAAUUCCGCCGGACAGAUACGCACUGGUACUUUACUGAUGGACCUUGACGCUCUGGCCGGGGUGGUCGCGUACAAACACACCGGCGAAGGCGUUACCACUGUGACGGCUGCUGUGGAUAGGAUUACCAUUAAAAAUCCGAUCCGUGAGAUAUGCGACUUGCAGCUCAGUGGCCAGGUGUCUUUUGCUACUGGUAGGAGCAGCAUGGAGAUCACUCUCCAGAUCGCCAAAGCACCAGAAGAAGGCCAACAGGUCGCCCCAGAGGAUGUCUUCAUGACGUGUGCUUUCACCAUGGUAGCGCUGGACCCCAACACCAGGAAACCCAUCAACAUUGCCCCGUUGGAGGUCACCACCCCUGCCGAAAAGGCCCUCUUCUCCAAAGGUGAAGAGAACUACAAGAGGAAGAAGGCCAUGAAAUCCUCGCACAUUCUCGCCAAAGCCCCCGACGCGGAAGAAUCUUCACUCAUUCACAAAAUGUGGACCGACUCUCUUGCCUACGCAGAUACUCACAAUCCCAAGAAUCAACCUCAAAAUGUCCUCGCCAUGUCCAAGACACAAAUCCACAGUACUCAAAUCAUGCAACCUCAGAUGCGCAACAGGCACAACUUUAUGAUCUUCGGUGGUUUCCUCCUCAAAACCACCUUCGAAUUAGCAUUCACUUGUGCCGCUGCCUUUUCACAUACUCGACCGAGGUUCAUCAACCUUGAUCCCAGCACCUUUGAAGAACCCGUGCCAGUAGGAUCGGUUCUUUACGUCGCGGCGGGGGUGUCGUACACCGAGCCAGACCCCAGCGGUGGGACACGUAUCCAGGUCAUGGUUCGAACGCACGUGCGCCCGGUCGAACAUCAAGACAAGGAACGCAAGUCGACGGGGACGUUCUUCUACACUUUCUACACACCGUCCGAUGUCAGUGUCCUGCCACAGACUUAUAGCGAAUUCAUGGGCUGGGUGGCAGGUCGACGCAGAGCACAGAAUUUGGCCGCCACACUUGCCGCGGAUCCUCACCAGUUGCUUACGACGUCUCAAGCCGAGCCAUUGACAGAAUGAGGUAGUCGCAGUUCCCUUGCUCCUCGAAGGCAGAACAGCGUUUCGGAACAAGUCAUCGCCGUCGCUAUCGGCAGAUUUGAUAUACCAAAGUGUGUGAGCCCGCCACAAGCCUGUGCACUCGUGGUGAUCACAGUUCCUACGACAUGGCUUCCGACGGAGGCGCGUCCGCCGAUUUAUAUGGGUAGGAACGUGAUUAUCCCUAGUCCCUAGUACGGAGUGCCAAUGUCGAGAGGAAGCCACAUUGGUAGCAAACCUGACUCGACGAGUUGUGAGUCAGUCAAAAAAUGCGCGAUGGUUGCUGAUGUGGUACUCUGUGAGGACAAAGCAUGUGGGCUUUUGUUUGUCCACGGCGUGUUGCAGACGAUUGUGACCACCACUCCAAACGAGAUUCAAACCGACUCAUCAACCCUUGGUCAAAGUGCUGCUGCGCAUACAUGACCGAGAAAGGAUGUUUUCAAGUGAACAAAACAGGGACAUCAUAGUAGUCGACAAGCUAGAAGUAGGAUAUCGAAGUGGAAGUGGAAUUGUGUCCCCCAUGCGAACGCCCGAACUUCAGACUUCUAGUAUGGUUGUUACGGGGCCCUCAGCGUAGGUCUUUCUGCCUUGGGCCAUACUACCAUCUAUAGAGGUGAGAGGACUAUAUAUCUACGGUAUAUACACUUCGUACAAUUCCC